UCAGAAGCCACCACUUCACACGCUCUCGUCUCCUUCGCAUCUCCGAUCUCCGCCGUGCCCCGCCGCCGCCGCCAUGGACGACGUCAUCGGCCAGAUCCUGGAGAAGCAGGUGCUGUCGGCCGCCAAGGCGGUGGAGGACAAGCUCGACGAGGAGAUCGCCGCCCUCGACCGCCUCGACCCGGACGACAUCGAGGCCCUGCGGGAGCGCCGGAUCAUGCAGAUGCGCCGCGCCUCGGAGCGGAGGGCCAAGUGGCGCGCCCUGGGCCACGGCGAGUACGGGGACAUCCCCGAGAAGGAGUUCUUCUCGGCCGCCAAGGCCAGCGAGCGCUUCGUCUGCCACUUCUACCGCGAGAACUGGCCGUGCAAGGUUAUGGACAAGCACCUCUCUAUUCUUGCAAAACAGCAUGUUGAAACACGUUUUGUGAAAGUUCAUGCUGAAAAGGCUCCCUUUUUGACAGAGAAACUAAGGAUUGUUAUUCUCCCAACUCUUGCAUUAGUAAAGAACGCCAAAGUUGAUGAUUAUGUGGUUGGAUUUGAUGAGCUCGGUGGUAAAGAUGAUUUCAGCACUGAGGAUCUGGAGGAACGUCUUGCAAAAGCUCAAGUGAUCUUCCUUGAUGGAGAAGGGCCUGCAAAUGCGUCCAAGCACGCGACCAAACGGAGUGUUCGGCAAUCAGAUACUGGCAACUCAUCGGACUCUGAAUAGUUCUGUUAUCGUUUCUCACUUCAAUGUUUAUUGGCUGUUAUGGCAAACUAUUAUGUUGUCCGUCAUAGUAAUAGGAAAAGUUAAUCUAGUGUUGAACAUCUGAGCUUGGAGGGUAAAAGAGUUAUCCAGAUGUUUGCUCUGAGUUGUAUAUUAUUAUCAUUUUUUAUGAUAGAUGACAUGUUUGUUUGAUUGAGUGAAAACUGAAAACUAAUCCAUGCCCCCCCCCCCUUGCCAAGAUAAAAUAGAUGAAUUUUAUCGACAAUAUGCAGAAAGAAUGACAUUUCUGUUGUGAUAAUAGUGCUCGAUGCCACAUGAUGAUGAGUCUCAAUCUGAGGGUCAUCUAUUCUAACCAUGUACCGUAUUCAGAUUGUCCCAUUGCCCGUGUGUCGUGUCUGUACAAAAUGGCUGUAGCCUGCAGCUGCUAUAUGUAUUGUCCAUCAAUAAAUAGAUUCUGUGCUUUUG